AAAAGGUGGCGCUCGAUGCGUGGGUCAAUAUACGUCUGUCAAGAUGGCGGAAUUUGUUUAACUGUCAUAAAAUUAAUGGAUCCUAACGGAAAUGGAAAGCGCGGUUUACCUAGGUUAAGAGAAAUUAUUAGAAGACAACGCCAAGAUUCGGAUGGUGGUGGAACUGACUCCCCUGAUCUUGAAUUUAUCUACGAUGAUACUGAUACCCACCCAAAUGAAAUUGCCGAGUUGUACAGUUACACUGAGCAGCCUGAGCUCGCUCUCAACGUUAAAGCCUUUGAAGACCAAAUGGAGCAGUACAACCUGCCACCAAGUUGGCAAAGGUUAUCCCUUGAACAAAGAAAAUCGGUAGUAAUGAAACUGCUUGAUCAACUGGAAGUCAGUAGCAAACCUCUCAGAAUGAGAGCUGCCAGAUGUAUCUUGUAUAUCGCUCAAGGGUGUUGGGCGGAAAUGCAGUCAGACGCUGAGCAACAGCAGUGGGCAAGAGCCAAUGUCAUGUUGCUUUACCAACUAGGAGUUUUUAGUGCAUUUACUGAUUUGCUUAACAUAGAAAUUGAGAAUAGCACUGCUGCCCAUGUUGCAAUGAGAAAAAUAGCCGUUUCAUUAGCAGAUUCGCAAGAUCUGCGGGUUAUAUUAUCUGUGUUAUACACAAUAACUGAAGUAAUUAGAAAUGAAAAAUAUUCAGGUUCCACUGAAUAUCAAAACGACGUUGAAGCAUUUUGUACAGACCUUGCUAAUUCCUAUGAUGAUGAGUUACUUAUUGUUAAGUUAUUAGGAAUGGUGACACGAUUUUGUAGCGGUGCUGCUCCUCAUUUCCCUAUGAAAAAAGUUCUUUUGCUACUUUGGAAAUUAAUUCUUGUAACUUUGGGCGGUAUGACCGCUUUGAAAGAUUUGAAAGAUGAAAAACGCGAAAAGGCUGGUCUUCCACGUUUGGACGAAGAUACCAUGGAAAUUGCUAAAACAAUGAGGGCUUCGUCGCCACCAGCGAGCGCUUCUGAUCUUUUAGAGGCGCAAAAUCAGAAAAGAAAUACAAGGCCAUUCAGGAGGAACUUAAUGAAACAAAGUAGUUUGGACGAUCAUGAGUCGUUGGGGAUGGAAUUAGACGCCACCCUCGUCGGCGGGGACAACGGCGACGAGUUGGGUGAACUCUCAGAAUACGACGAUCGUCGUCCUCCCGAAAACUCCGAAAAUAAUCAAAUGUACAACAAUUAUCAGAAUAGGCCUACAUCUCCUCCUUUGCAGAGUUCUUUAGUUAUUCCUCGCGGCUUACCUUGGAAACCAAAAGUCCGACAAAAAGAUAUCGACUUGUUUUUGGACACUGCUAGAUUAAAAUUCGUCGGGUAUAGUCUACAAGGCGAUCGCGAUAGUUUAGCUGGAUUACCUUUACCGAUCCAUGAAGGAGUUAAAACUUUGAAAGAACAUGUUUAUACUUCUUUAGCUGAAUUGCAAAUUCAAAAAGAGGAAGAAAUAGCUCGCAAUCCUCUCUCGACGUCAGAGGGUGAAAUUGAAAUGACUCCAACAGAAAUUUUGUAUCAGGCAAUGUUGCCUAAUCUACCACAAUACAUGAUAGCUUUACUUAAAAUAUUACUUGCUGCUGCUCCUACCUCAAAAGCUAAAACUGAUUCUAUUAAUAUUAUGGCUGAUGUUUUGCCAGAAGAAAUGCCAAUGACUGUUCUCCAGUCAAUGAAAUUGGGAAUUGACGUAAAUAGGCACAAGGAAAUUAUUGUUAAAGCAGUUUCUGCAAUUUUAUUGUUACUUUUGAAACAUUUCAAGUUGAAUCAUAUUUAUCAAUUUGAAUUCAUGUCUCAGCAUCUAGUUUUUGCAAAUUGUAUACCUCUGGUAUUGAAAUUUUUUAACCAGAAUAUCAUGGCUUAUGUGGGCGCGAAGAAUGUGAUUCCUAUAUUAGACUUUCCGUCUUGCGUUAUUGGUGAUCAACCAGAAUUAACAGCUGAAAGUUUGGAAAUUGGAGACUCGGCACCAUUUUCCUGGAGAAAUAUGUUUUCGUGUAUUAAUUUAUUAAGAAUACUCAACAAACUAACGAAGUGGAAACAUUCUAGGAUUAUGAUGUUGGUGGUUUUUAAAUCCGCUCCAAUUUUAAAACGCACACUUAAAGUCAGGCAUGCCAUGACCCAAUUAUAUGUUUUAAAAUUAUUAAAAAUGCAAACGAAAUAUUUGGGUCGUCAGUGGCGUAAAUCUAAUAUGAAAACGAUUAGUGCCAUCUACCAGAAAGUCAGACAUAGAUUGAACGAUGAUUGGGCAUAUGGAAAUGAUUUGGACGCAAGACCUUGGGAUUUCCAAGCUGAAGAAUGUGCUUUGAGAGCUUCAGUUGACAGGUUUAAUAACCGUAGAUAUACACAAGCAAAUCAAGACAGCGAAUUUGCACCGGUGGAUAACUGUUUAAACAGCGUACUUGGGACCACCUAUGAUCUAUCUGAAAGUUUUAAAAAACACUACCAACUGUGGCUAGAGCAAGAAGUUUAUGGAAAUACUAUUGAAUGGGAGAAGCUUCUCUUAAACCAAAAAAUAUAGUUACUUUGAUAUUAUUUAUUGUAUUUCCAUUGCAGUAAAUAUAACACCAUCACAAUAUUCAUCACUGCAAUAAAUAUACUCACUUUCAAUUAAGUCAGUGGUGUGUUACAUUUACAGCAUUUUUGUAUUUUUUGUUCAUUUUAGUUUAGUUGUUUUUGUUUUGUUCUAAUUAGUUUUCAUAUUUCUUUUUUUUUUGUUCUGUUUCAUGAUGACAUUUGGUAUUAAAUUAAUU